GAUAAAAUACUAAAAUAUUUAUUCAUGUUUAAAUCACAACUGUUAAUAUAACAGACUAUAUGAGAAAUAUUUUCCAAAACAAUGAAUUAAUGAGAAGGGUGGUGGUCUUUUCAUUUUGCAAGUCUCUUCAAUGUCUGGCUUUAUAGAUGACUGCUGGAUUUGCAAAAAUGAUUUGAACUUAGUCUAUGGUGAUAUGUUGUUUUGGUUGACAUAUGUCAGGAAAAUCUGGCCUCAUGUAGCUAUGUAAUUGAAAAAGAUAAUUAUGGAUAUUCUUUGAUACAGCACUAAAACUUGGUUAGUGGUAAUUUCGUAAAGUUUAAUUGUAAUGUGGAAUCUGAAGGUAUAUCAAUGAAAUAUUUUGUAUUCUGUUACGUUAAAAUCCAUUGGCAUUUCUUAUGAUUUGAAUGAAUCUUUUAGCCAUGCAUAAUUUUGUAACAUCAUGCGUGCUGGUCCUUUGGAAAACAUUGGGUCUCUAAGUUAUACAGAUCUUCUAAAAAUUGAGCUAAAUCAUUAUAGAUCAAAAAAUCAAAAAUGUUAAUAUCACCACCAAAUCUCAUCAGAAAAGUUUAAGUAUUGGGAAGCUGUCAGGCUCAUCGUGGCAGAUAUGUUUUCCAAAAUUCUAAUUUUGUUUGAAAGUCCAAAUUUCAUCAUUGGCAGCAAACACUGCCAGUUGUUUUCCUUGAAAUGACAGGCUCAUUUCAUUCAUUUCAAUAACAUAUCUGCCAGAUAGUAUAAAGUCUGAAUAACCAGUUUGUUUGAAGUUGCUCUUUCAAGUAAAAAAUAGUAUUCCAAGGAAACAAGUGGCUAGUUGCAAAUCAAAUGUGUUUUUCCUUCAGAGAUUGUACUAUGGUAUGCAGCAGAAAUGCUUUGUACAUACCUCCUAUUUCAUUAACAGAAUAUUAAAAAGAUAUAUACUCAAGAAUUGAGAUUUAAUAAAAUACUUAUUACUGCUUCAGCAGAGAUACUAUUAAGUCUUGGCUUUUUUUCUUUCUUUUCUUCCUGCGAGCUCUUGGCGAUGAAAAUAUGGUGAUUGCUAGGACAGUUGGGUGCUUUGAUGCGUGUGAAAGCCCCUGAAGUUUUACCCGCUGUUGCAGCGCAAUGGUCAAGACAAUGGGACAAAAAUAAAUAAUAUAUUAGCAUUAUUUUGAAAAUAGUUUUGACCUCCCAGGCUCCCUGUCUCUGGGACCCCAGCAGUUUGCAGACAACAGUUUGAGAACAUUGAGGAAAGAAGGAUUGUCCAAAUGUGGAAGAUGCAAGCAGGCAUUUUACUGCGAUGUGGAGUGUCAGAAAGAAGAUUGGCCCAUGCACAAGCUGGAAUGUUCUCCCAUGGUUGUUUUUGGGGAAAACUGGAAUCCCUCGGAGACUGUAAGGCUAACAGCAAGGAUUCUGGCCAAACAGAAAAUCCACCCAGAGAGAACACCUUCAGAGAAACUGUUAGCUGUGAAGGAGUUUGAAUCACAUCUGGAUAAGUUAGACAGUGAGAAGAAGGAUUUGAUCCAGAGUGACAUUGCUGCUCUCCAUCACUUUUACUCCAAGCACCUAGAAUUCCCUGACAAUGAUGGCCUGGUAGUCCUUUUUGCACAGGUUAACUGCAAUGGCUUCACGAUUGAAGAUGAAGAACUUUCUCAUUUGGGAUCAGCAAUAUUUCCAGAUGUUGCCUUGAUGAAUCACAGUUGUUGCCCCAAUGUGAUUGUGACCUACAAGGGGACCCUGGCAGAAGUAAGAGCGGUACAGGAAAUCAGCCCAGGAGAUGAGGUUUUUACCAGCUAUAUUGACCUCCUGUAUCCAACAGAAGAUAGGAAUGACCGGCUAAGAGAUUCUUACUUCUUCACCUGCGAGUGCCAGGAAUGUACAACCAAAGACAAGGAUAAAGCCAAGGUGGAAAUCCGGAAGCUCCACAAUCCCCCAAAGGCAGAAGCCAUCCGUGACAUGGUCAGAUACGCACGCAAUGUCAUUGAGGAGUUCCGGAGGGCCAAGCACUACAAAUCCCCUAGUGAGCUCCUGGAGAUCUGUGAACUCAGCCAAGAGAAGAUGAGCUCCAUGUUUGAGGACAGUAACGUGUACAUGUUGCACAUGAUGUACCAGGCCAUGGGAGUCUGCUUGUACAUGCAGGACUGGGAAGGAGCCCUGCGCUAUGGACAGAAAAUCAUUAAGCCCUACAGUAAGCAUUAUCCUUUGUACUCGCUCAACGUGGCCUCCAUGUGGUUGAAGCUAGGAAGGUUGUACAUGGGCCUGGAAAACAAAGCUGCAGGAGAGAAAGCCCUGAAGAAGGCCAUUGCAAUCAUGGAAGUAGCUCACGGCAAAGAUCAUCCCUACAUUUCUGAGAUAAGGCAGGAAAUCGAAAGCCACUGAAACUAUGCAACACUUUAGUUUUUAUUUAAAUUCUAGUGGAGAAUCUUAAGGAAUUUGAAUGUUGCACAUCUUACAUGUCACUCCAGCAUUUCUGUAAAAUAAUUGGAAUAAAAACACUACAUGACUUGAAAA